UUAAAAAAAAAAACACGUAUCCUUUGCAGAGCAAAGCACAUAAGAAACUGAAUUACAAUAAACACAAUGAUUCAUAAAAACUACAAUUUGUCGUAUCCACGUAMAUWUUGAUGCAUAAAAGCCAAACAGCCUCAUUUGUCAUGUGUGAUGCACACAAUGUCGAACUGACCUUUAUUUUACUACAUUUACCUGAUGCUUCACUCUCUCUGAUUUUCUGUCAAUCAGCACCCAAAAAGCUGCUUCAUUAUUUCUUAAAGUUGUUGAAGAGCAAGGCUGUUACAGACAGAGAAACAAUGAGUGCUAUAUAAACUAUGUGAUAUUGACAAUCCUGGCUCAAAUUCCUUUCAGUCUGCAAUAUUGACCAAACCAUAUUUGGACCUUUAGGCUUGCCGUAAGCUAUAAAUGGGAAACAGCAAAMAUUGAAGAAUGGACUCUGUUCAGAUGAGAGUAACAGUGAUUUUUUUUCUUUCUAAAAUGCUAAUAACUAUGAACUCUACAAUUUUCACAAUGAUUCCCAUAAUGAUUAUUUUACUUACAUUUUUUGUUGUUAAAUGAACAACUAUUUGAUUUUAUAUUCUAUAUUCCAUCGCUGAUCAUAGAAAUAAUACAACACAAUAUUCCUACUUUCAAAGUAUAUUGUUAAAAGCAUUCUACAUUCAGUGAAUUUCCUCUUUGCCAUACAUGCACUGCCUGCUGAACAUGUUCUGAACAUAAUUUAUCUGGUCUUUUUCUGACAUUGUUCUCAGGUUUAAUUCACCAUACAAAGGUGAAUUAAAACUAACCCCGUGAUAUGUUCAUGAUAACAGGAGGAGUUUAAGGCUGUUUUCUCCAGGCAGGCAGAAGRCACACACAAGCACGGCGUCCCGCACAUGCACACCAGAAUGAACCCCGCCGGGCUGUGCCAUCACAUUUUGCAGGGAGCUCUGUUGUUGUCGCUCACAUAGACGCGGGCAAACACACCUGGCACACUGUAAGCAUGGAUGUGAUACCUGUGAGAAUGUGUCACCCAGCACUGUUCCCACUGCAGUAGUGGGAGCAGUGAAAGGAUAUGCGCUUUCUUGUUUGUGACUUUGAAUGUUUGGGAGGUGCAGAAUAAAUUUGUGUGCACCUCAGUUGAUGCAGGAUGGAUCAUAUUGUUUAUUUGUAUAAAAUAAUAGAGAAGUUGUUCAUUUGUGAAUGCUGAAAAAUUAUAUUUGUGUGUGAGUGCAUGCUCAAAAGUGCGUGCGUGUUUGUGUGUGUAAGUGAAGAAGGGGGUGAUAUAGGACAGGUGCUUUAAGAGAACCCCUUUGACUCUUUGUCUCGUCACUAAUUGGGUUUAGGGUCUGUAUAUGCACAUGUGUGUGUGUGUUGGUUUGUGCAGAAGUGUAUUCUUGCGUACUCAUGGGAAAGCUUUGCCUUUUUUGCAAUCCUAUUCUUUUAUUACCUGGGUUUUCACCGUACCUCAGAAUACUCAGAAUAUUGUCUAAAAGGGCUGAAGAAAAAUACUUCCUAGCAGUGUGCACGCAUUUGAGACUUUUACAAURUCCACAGCAUUUUGUAAGGAUUUUAAUCUUUUACGAUAAAAAAAACAACAAAAAAAAACAUUACGUGUAUGUAAUCUUUGACCAAUCUUUUUUUUUUUUUGUAAAAUAUUUUGAUCAUGCUCUUUAAAACGAUUAUAUUCCAUAAUCCAACUUGGACAUAUCUAGUACUAAAAUAAAAAGAUCUGUUUGAAUUGAUAUAAAGCAAGCCCUUUAUAAAGCUUACUGAAUAUAAAAUUACUAUUUAUCCACAAAGAGAGAUGACAAGUCAGUCAUGUUCACACGACCAGUUUACUAAAAUGUCCAAUUUUCAACACAUUUAACCUGCCAAUGCCAAUUUUCGGCUUAUCCUGAGUUUUCCUUGAGUUAGAGUGCCUARCAUUACACAAAUGGAAUCCUACUCUUAUCUUAAUYAGAUUUACAAAACCCAGCUAACCUUUCUAAAUUAAGCGUGCUACAUAACAAAGUUCCAAAUUGUUGACACAGAGAACUUUUGUCACAGCCUUCCUGUUAUUUGCUGAAAAACCGGAUCUCUCUCACCCUCAAGUUUCAAAUUGUUGAGAAGAAAUCAACGUCCCCUUUAAAAUAAGGUGUUUCCCCUGACUUCAUUUUAAACAUAUCAUUGAUACUAAAAAGAGCAAACCCCGUGAUAUKUUACAGAAUCUUCAUUCUGCAACAGCUUCUACAAUGAAGAGUGCUGUUGUUCGCACCACCUGGCAGGAGCUCAAUAUAGUUCACUCAUGGAUCAAAAAAGAAAAAAAGUCACAGUUUUGAGCUUCUGACUGGUAGGUGACCACUCAGGAUUGAUGAAGCUGAAAAUUUUGAGAUUUCUGUCACCAAUCUCUUGGUGCUCAUAUACGUCUGCCAUUCAAAAUGUACUUAUUACAGACAAAGUGGUCAUUUUUUUCUGUGAAAACUCAUAUAAGAAUUGGAAUAUAACUUCUGCAUAAAACUUGUUUAAAACAAUGAUGGUUUUCUCUCACAGUGUACAAGUAGUCAUGCAAUUCACCAGCUGGGACCUUGGUCUACAGCCUGAGUGGGAGUUCUUGGCUUAGAGAAAAAAGACAGAGAAAAAUUAUUUUAAGGAUGAUUCUGGUAUUGGUGAGAUAUUUUUUGUAUCACCAUUACAGUCAGUUGUUUUUGCAAUGCUUUAGAUUCAGCUUUGAUUUAUUCAAAGAUAAUAGUGCUUAGUAUUUUGUUUGUUUUGUUUAAUUAAAUUCUGAAAAUAUUGGAGUUUAAUAAAAAAUAAAAGAAAUCAGUGGCAGAAAAUGACUAUAUUCCAUAUUUUUUUGGGCUGAUGCUUCCAUUUAUGACUUAUAAAUGGUAAUUUGAAACAACACAAGUUAAGAGUUUCUCCCAUCACUAAUUUUGCUCAUUUUGGGGGGAUUAAAAGGACGAGUAAACUCAUUCAGGAUAAUUCGUGUCAGUUCCUACUCCAAGGAAGAACAUUGUCAGUGCAUUCUCUUUAUAUUUGCAUGAGCUUAAGCAAGCUGAAUCGUGCCUGCCACCCACUAGCUAUUUUCCACCUGGUGCCCACCUACACCCACAAUAGUGAAGCAGAGCUAAGGAUAAACACAAAUACAGACACAACAGAAUGCGCAUGGUGGUCACACUCUUCAGAUUAACCUCUAUUCACACUGAUGAGACCCAUUGUCUUUACCUGGAGCUCUCUGCAUCCAGAGCACAACUCAUACACCGCUCUGAAACAAUGGUAAUUGUGACCUAUCUUCUCGAACAGUAGCUCUGUUUUGGUUUGGACUCUUUGAGGUCAGAACUCCAGGUCAGUCUGCAUCAACCUGAAACAAAAACAGAGGCAAUUAAUGUCCCAAAGCUCCCGCAAGACAUGUCAAGGCGUCUGGUUCAAGGAACGUGUUCGUCAAAGUUGUUCAAAAGUUGAACAAAAGUGUCUCAAGCUAAACUGGCAAUUAACUUUAGCUUUCAACGUUUCAAAAGUAGCAAUCAAGACAUUUGAAUACUUGGAUUGUAAUUUCUUCGUAACCCGCCUUAAAUAAUAAUAAAAGGAAUGUCACCCGUAUUUCAGGAACAGGUUAUCCUUGACUUUAACUUUCAAAUCCUUCUGCAUUUGCAUGAGGUGCUUUCUCAAGGCUUAUCCACAGAUCUUAGUCUAUAUUAAUCUCACACAAAAGAAGGGGAUAUGAAAGACACCUUGCCUGCACUUGCAGAGAUAAAUCAUUAGGAAUUUUGACAUGUGUUUGAGAUCAUUAUCCCCAGAUGGAAGCCACACAUGAGUCUUUUACACAGGUGUAAUGUUUGCUUCCACAGUUUUGCAGCACAUAUUUCCCUUAAAAAUAUCUUCUAAAAUAUUUAGAAGAUUUAGAAAAACAUGGCUUCAUAUGUGCUAACGUGAGAGCAGAGUAGAGCUGCAGCUUUUUCAGAGUGGACAGAUCCUUUCUUAGUAUUUUGUGCAAUCAAAUGGGAUUAUUAGGUUCAAUCAGUCCUACAAUCUGCUUUUGAAAGCCCAAACUUGACCUUCAUCAUUUACGUUAACUCUCAUUUUGUAAUUGCUUUAUGAAUUCAAUCAUAAACUCCACACUAUACCUGAGUGCUAAGCACCUAUUUCGAUGUUCCCAUUGAUGAAAUUUAAUGGAACGGAGUUGGAAGAGUUAAAGUACACCUAAUCGAUAGAGACAUUAAUCAGACUGCUUUAAACAAGUCAAAAUAUCAAGAUGCUACAGCGAAACUUUCAACAUUUUGUCACAUUAAGGGGACAAAGCUUUAUGUGCAAUGUAAUAGAGCAUAUCUGUGAAGUGGUGCUAAGGUAAGUCAUUGUCUUAAAAAAUUAUAUAAAGUAAAAAUCUGAAACUUGAUGUGUGUUUUGGUCCCAACCCCUUUAUUCUGAUACUCCUAAAUUAACUUGAUUGUUAUUAAUUGUCUUCAGAAAUUACAUAAUUAGUAAAAUAAGGUCUGCCUUUCUUUAAUAUAAUUUCAUAAUAAAUACAGCAGUUCUGUGAGGUUCUCAGAAGUUUAAGAAAAUUAUGGAGAAAAUUGUUAUUACUUCCCAGUAGCAAUUUAGGAGACAUAUUAACAUGCAAAACAUGUGUUGUGAUGACGCCGGAAGUGAAAGUAGGCGUUCAAACAACUUAAUGCAGAAGUGCUAUGUAUAGUAAAGCACUUUCCAUCAUCUUCAUAAAAAUGGUGGUGUCAACGUCAUGACAGGCAAGCAGGUCAAAGUUCAUUAGAAAUUGAUGGAGAUGAACACAGAAUGUUGCUUUUCAUCUAAUCUGACAGAAUUGAGUUGUUUUGCAAAGCAGUAGAGAAAAUGCUGCACUUUCGUUCGGUCUGUGCACAUGAAAUAAUAAAUAAAUUAUAUUGAUGUUUGUGACUAUAACAAAAAUAAAUAAAUCUGUAAAUGUUCAGUGUAUGAAAACUAUUAUGAGGCCRUACAAAAAAGGUCUGGGACCUUUUUUUUUUUUUAAAGAACUAAGAGUUCAGGUCUUUCAUUCUGAACAAGCUUUUGGUGGUCAUGCUCUUCCUUUACUGGUAUAUGAAGAUUAUUACUUCACAAACAAAACAAGUUGUAAAUGAUKCUCUGGGAACUGAAUUCAUCUCGAACUCUACUACUACGGGUAGUAGAAAUUUCAACCGAUGUCAUUUGCUAACUUGUAUUUCCAAAUAAACAUUAAGAAACUAUAGAAUUUUUGUGUUUGCUUUACUUUGCUAUUGUUUCUUCACAAUCUUGUAAUCAUGGAGACAGAAAGAGACGGAGGUAAAGAGGCAGAGGGGAAGAGGAGAUCAGGUUUCUCGGCAGCUCUGUACCCUAAUCCUGGAUUUGGAAACGGGAUGAGAAGAACACAGUGCCUCAAGGGAGAUGCAUGCUUGACUGAGCCAGAGAAAAAAGGACAAGAAAAGAAGACGAUACUCGAGGUGUAAGACAACUAACGCAGUCAGAAAAAGACAGCAGAACAAGAGAGGCCAAAGAAGACGAGACGGAAUCUCAAGAAAGAAGGCAAGAUGWCAGAUUUUAAGAAUGCAAUUUAGAGAAGAAAACGUCAAUGGAAGACAAGACCAAAUAAAGUGAGUUAUUGUGYGUUAAAGAAAAGAAAGCUUUUUAAGAGACAGACAUCAGUUAACACUAAGACUGCUAAAGAAAGCCAAAGAAACAUGGCAUGUCAGGGAUUUGGUGCUGAUUCCUUCACCCCGCUGGCAGGCGAUUCACCCUUACCAAUCCUCAUGCACCAUGGCUCCACCGGUGACUGUUUACCGGCCACAUCCCAUGCUCACGGUAUGGUUUCUGCAGGAUUGUCCCUGGGUCARACCUCUAAGAGGUCCCACAUGCACCUGUCCACUUCUUCUCUUGGGAACGCCCUCAGUAACGCUCCUCCGAGUUUGCAUUACCCAGUCACCCCCUGCCAUUACAGCAACCAGCAAGCAACCUAUGGCAUGAUGACAGCCCAGGAGAUGCUUUCUGCCAGUAUAUCUCAGACACGUAUCCUGCAGACCUGUGGCGUCCCUCACCCCAACAUGGUGAGUGCUGCAAAUCCAUUACAAGGCUCUCUGACUCCUUGCAUAUAUAAGUUUCCAGACCACGGACUCAGUAGCAGCUCUUGUGCUCUAAGCCACGGUUUUUCCUCGCUGCCGUCUACACUCCUUUCAGCCGAYGAGGUCUCUGGAGGCCCCGGCGGAGAAGUGAAAGGUGACGCACAUCGGAAAGGGAUGCGGGAGCAGGAAGAAGCUCCCCCUAUGGACUCCCCGCAGAUACGAGAACUGGAAAUGUUUGCUAAUGACUUCAAAAUACGCCGGAUCAAACUGGGCUACACUCAGACUAAUGUAGGCGAGGCUCUUGCCGCAGUGCACGGCUCAGAGUUCAGCCAGACCACGAUCUGCCGCUUUGAAAAUUUGCAGCUGAGCUUUAAGAACGCCUGCAAACUCAAGGCCAUUCUGGCAAAAUGGCUCGACGAGGCUGAGCUGGCUGGUGCGUUGUACAGCGAUAAAACUGGAAUGAAUGAGCGGAAGAGGAAAAGGAGAACAACCAUCAGCCUGGGAGCUAAGGAGGCCCUGGAGCGAAGCUUUGUGGAGAAAACUAAGCCAUCCUCUCAGGAAAUAGCCCGGAUAGCCAAAGGCCUCCAUCUGGAGAAGGAGGUGGUCAGAGUCUGGUUUUGCAACAGACGCCAAAGAGAGAAACGUGUCAAAACAAGCCUGAGCCUGAGCUCCUGUUUGACCAAAAUCAGCCCAAAYUGUCUCACACAAAUAAGUAAAACCCAGAGACCACUGACGUAAACUGAAGCGCUAAAGUGGCUUCUGAGCUAACSCGAUGGAGGCUCUUUCAUGACCACAACUUUUCAGGCAGAUCCAAGAGGAAUAAAUUCAGUAACMUGCAGGAAUGGAGAAGCRAAAACCUUUGUAAAAAAAAAAAGAAAAAAUUCCUUGUGUUUCUUGUAUUAACUAUGAAUGUAUUGAAAUUUAUUAGAAAUUAAUUCAGGCAAAAUACAGUUCCUUGCAAAAAAUAUUCAUAGCCUCAUACAGCAUGUUCUUCAUCGAGAAAGAACACAAAAUGGUACCAAAUUAUGAAGUGGAARGAAAAUGACAAAUGAUAUUCACACUUUUUAACAGAUGGCAUCAAGUCUGAGUUUUUAGCUGUGUGGUUUUUUUUUUGAGAACCAACUUUAAUUGGUACAGCAGCAAAUCUUUUCAAGUAUGCAUGCCUCCAGCGGCUUUGCACACCUGAGGACUGAUUUUUUAUUUUUAUUUUAUUUUUUUCAGUUGAAGUUCAUUUGAAUUGAACCACAUUGAACCGCAGUAAAAGCUAAUCACGCAAUGUGAUUUUCUCUGAAGGCACCAUCAGCUGAGUGCCUUCCUGAAAGCUUUAAUCYACAACACUGUCCUUCAACUUGUGCUUAUUUGUUCCAAGAAAAAGUGAAAAAAAUAAUUAUAAAACCUUUCUUUUUUCAUAUUUGUGUUCUUCAUUCGAAUGUUUUUGUUUUGCUCUCUCUUAAUCCAAACUACUUGAAAAAAUAUUUAAUUUCCUCUAGCUGAAGUUAAACCAACUAUAUAAUAUAUAUUUCAAUUUUGACAACAACCUAUUUAUUUGAAAACUAAUAUAUUGCGCCAUCAUGUUUUGCUGCAAUUUGUUAAUUUGAUUGACAAUUUAGAGUUAAAUAUCAAACUUUUAGACAGUAUAGAGCUUUUUAGUCUSUCAAUUCUGUGAUGUUUUGAUUUCGGUGUUGCUUUGUGUUGCUUUGACGUGUCAUACAAUGAGAAUCACCGGCCAGCGCUGACCCAGACCCUGACCCUGACCCCGUUGGACUGACUGAUGUGAAAUGUCUAAACAGAAAACGAGAGGAUUCUGACAGUUUGGACCUUGUGCUACUGUUACUGCAACUGCAACGUACAUCAAGAGCCAGUAACUGCUGUCUGGAACAGCUUGAAAUUGAUUUAUGAGAUCGAUAUAUAUGUUACAUAAAAUGUCAGCAAGACUGAUAGACAGUUUCUUUAUUCUUGCCAAAGAUGUCCAGUACUCAUCUGGUAAAAUGAACCGGCUGUCCGAGUUGUGGACACUGGACUGUACUCUAGGUUCAAACGGUGAGUUGAGUUUUAUGAUUAAAUAUGUCACCAGUGCCAAGUCUUGUUUUUACAGCUCUAUUAUCAAAUCAAUGCACACAUUAGGGAGACGGAGUGGGGAUUCAUAAAUAAAACCAGCCAACGCUUUCAUUCAGGAACAAACUGUUUCCGUUGUGACUUAUGUUGGGUUAUAUAACUCGAGUGCUGCCAGGGGAGUUAAAUGCGGCGGGGUUACGGACCGCCAGUGCAAUUCUUAGAGCGUGAAAAGUUAAAGACAAGUUAUGCCUUAAAGAGACUUGGUGAAAAGCUUCUUUGGCAAGAGUGAAAGUGCCUUUGUGUUAUUGAUGCUGGCUGUGAGGGUAGUGUUGCAAAUUUAUAAGUUAGUCUUUGUGUCUCUUUUAACUUUCUAUGCAUGUGAGAUUGAAAGUUAGUUAAAAUGCAGUAAAUUUCAAAGCUAAACUCAACAAAUUAUUGACGGUAUUACCUGCUUUCUGUCAUACAUGUAAAUACCUAAUGCUAUUGUAAAGGAAACACAGCAUAGUUGUCAUAUAUAUUGUUUAAGCAAYAAAAUACUGUUUUCACUAAAGAAUGCAUGUAAUUUCUUGUCAGUGCAAACCAUUCUAGUGUCUUUACUUGUUUUUUGGUUGUUUCUUUUCAGAGUUGUCUGUAAACAAGCUCUAAAAGUCAAGUUAUUCUGUGGCUGUGCAGUCAUGAUCAAAACCUUUAAGAUAAAUGUAGUUGUUCCAGAUUUACAGCUUCAGUUUUGCUUAAUCGUUUUUCUUUCAAUGUUAUAUGUUUACCGCACACAGAAGUGGAUAAUAAACAUUUUAUCAGUU